UGCGCGAGGCGACUUCCUCCCGCCGGCGGUUCCCUUUCACCGCCCGCUUUCUUCUCGGCCUCUGGGUGGAGCAGCCAGCACAACCCCGCCUGGGGCUGUUUGUGGACUCCUCUGCGAAGCAGAGCGCUCCGUGGGUGGGAUUCCCGGUGCCGAGCCCUGCCUCCUCCUGGCGAUGCUGCACUUGUGAGAGGCAGGGCUUCGUUUGAAUUUCUGCACCUCGAGAGUUGCGGAGCCCGCAUCUCUGAAGCUGCCUGGGUGAAGAGUCACAUUCUCCCCCCCCCCCUCCCCGGGAGAGUUGCCGUCUCUGGGACUUAUUUCAGAUUCCAUCUUCUCUGCUCAUCACCAGGUUGCAUCUUCACCGAUCGGAAUACGUGUGGGUGUACCUUCUUUGGCUGUAUGGAAAUAUUACAAAUUCAGGAAGGUCCUUUAAUUGUACAAGAUAUCAUUGAAAUGGAAAAUUUCGUGUUUAAAUGCUGCCUGGUGGAUGGACAUUGCUUUGGAUUACAGCAGAUAAGGAAUAUUUAAAAGCUUCAGCAGGAAUAGUUCUGAAAAGGACAUGGAUGAAAAUGAGCAGCCAAUCCCUGAUGACAAGCAGCCAGUACCCUAAAGAAGCAGUAAGAAAACGCCAGAAUUCAGCCCGGAGCUCUGUUGGAAGUGAUUCUUCUAGGUUUUCCAGGAAAAGUUUCAAACUAGAUUACAGACUAGAGGAAGAUGUAACUAAAUCGAAGAAAGGAAAGGAUGGCAGAUUUGUGAACCCAUGGCCAACUUGGAAAAAUCUCUCCAUUCCAAAUGUUCUCAGAUGGCUGAUAAUGGAAAAAGAUCACAGCAGUGUUCCAGGUUCCAAAGAGGAACUUGAUAAAGAGCUCCCGGUGCUGAAGCCGUAUUUUAUCGAUGACCCUGAGGAGGCUGGAGUGAGGGAGGCCGGCCUGAGGGUCACGUGGCUGGGACACGCCACGGUGAUGGUGGAGAUGGACGAGCUCAUACUUCUCACCGACCCCGUCUUCAGCUCUCGCGCUUCACCGUCGCAGCACGUGGGUCCAAAGCGGUUCCGUCGUCCCCCGUGUACCGUGAGCGAACUGCCCCCGAUAGACGCUGUCCUUAUCAGCCACAACCACUACGACCAUCUGGACUACAAUUCCGUCAUCGCUCUGAAUGAGCGGUUCGGUCAGGAGUUGAGAUGGUUCGUGCCUCUCGGUCUCCUCGACUGGAUGCAGAAGUGUGGCUGUGAGAACGUGAUCGAGCUGGACUGGUGGGAGGAGAACUGUGUCCCCGGACACGAUAAGGUCACCUUUGUCUUUACCCCUUCCCAGCACUGGUGUAAAAGGACUCUCAUGGACGACAACAAAGUUCUGUGGGGCAGCUGGUCUGUCUUGGGGCCCUGGAGUCGGUUCUUUUUCGCAGGAGACACUGGCUAUUGUCCGGCUUUCAAAGAGAUCGGAAAAAGGUUUGGACCUUUUGACCUUGCAGCUAUUCCCAUCGGAGCGUAUGCACCAAGGUGGUUUAUGAAAUACCAGCAUGUAGACCCAGAAGAAGCUGUAAGGAUUCACAUUGACGUCCAGACAAAGAAAUCGGUGGCAGUCCACUGGGGGACUUUCGCCUUAGCCAAUGAGCAUUACUUGGAGCCCCCAGCGAAGCUGAGUGAGGCUCUAGGAAGAUAUGGACUUAAGACAGAAGAUUUUUUUGUCUUGAAGCAUGGAGAAUCCAGAUACCUCAAUACUGAUGAUGAAAACUCUGAAUAAAUGUGAGCACAGGAGCUGUUAGC